UUCAACUUCAGACCAAGAGCUGCUAGGCUGGGCUUGCAAGCAAGAGAAGGAACUUUAUUGCUUUCUGGCUUAGCCACCACUUGCCACGCCACACGGUGCUUAGUUACAAGGUAUAAACAAAGCAGCAGAAGGAGAAGAAAGAGAGAGAGAGAAAAAAAGCAAAAGACAGAAAGAGAAAGAAAGAGAGCAAGGCAGAAGCCAAGAAACAGAAGUCCCAAAUAUGACUACUGUGAAGUUUGCAACUAUGAAGAUCUAAACCAACAGUACUGGACAAAAAUACAGAAGAUUUCAGACCAUUCUGGAUGCAGCAUCUGUCCAACUUGUACAGCAGCCAUGAGCAGUUCCUGUGUGACACUGGCCGAGGUCCUGUGGGCAAAAGGAAGCCCUUUGGAAGAAGAAGAUAUAUGGGCACUCUUGUACCUUGCCACAGUGCAGCUUCUGGAAGACAUUCACAAAGACCCUUCCAUCUGUGUGCUUUGUCCAUGGUCUGUACUACUGUCUGCUGAAGGAAAUUUGUCCUUCCAAAACAAUGCAUCUCAGACAGAAGCUAUUCCUUUCAGUGCACCAGAACUGCUUCACAGGCAGAACAAAAACCAGCGCAUCGGACUAACCAAGAUGUUGGUGUAUUCCCUAGGAAUGACCCUCUACUGGUCAGCAGACUAUCAGGUUCCUCCAAACCAGUCCCUCCAGCUAAGUGACCAACUCCACAGUCUCUUGCUGACGUUAUGUGAAGAUCUGCCACAUAAAAGACUUUCUCCUGAAUCAAUUCUGGAAGCGUGUGAGGCACAUCAGAAGGAAUCUUCUUCCUUACCAGUAAAUGUCUACAUAAAGAAAAUGGUCCAGUUUGUGGUGGGAAGUGUCAGUGAGGUAGAACGGGUAGCCGCCGAAGACAGCACAGCCUCUCAGCUUAACAGAAGUCAUGUCAUAAGGAGAAGACUACAUGAGAAAAUCCCGGACGCUUCACCACUGUCCUCCCAGAUGAAUCUUCACCGAGACAAUGGGUCCAGAUUAAUGAAUUAUAGCCAGUCAGCAGAAGAUUACAGACAACUGUCGGUGGACUACAGUGACUCUAACAGUAUUUCAGAAAGUACAUCUUUGAUACUAUCUAACCGAGGACACAGGAAAGGGAGAGUUACGCAGACACACAGGUCAUGGGACCCCACCCUUAGUGAAUCAAGGACACAAAGCAGCUACAAGCUCUUCAUAAACAGGUCGGUCAGUGCUGUAGAAGAAAUCCCUGGUGGAGCUCACAAGAACAGCAGGCACAAUCUGCUGAGUUUAGGUUCCACAUUCUCCGUGUCUACAAAGGAUUACACAGCAGCUGCUGCAUCACAGAAAUGUUUGUUCCAAAGGAAGGAAAAGUUUUCAGGCCCAGAAUUUAUUAUUCUGUCUAGUGAACCACCAGUGACCUUACAGCUGCCUGGAUCAAUUGUGACUAAAAAAGGAAAAUCCUAUUUGUCCCAAAGGGAUCUCAAUGUGAUUCUACUCAACGGGCAGUGCCUUGAGGUGCAAUGUGACAUCAAGUCCAAGGCAAGAGAUGUUUUCAAUACUGUGGUGGCAUACGCAAACUUGGUGGAACAUUUCUACUUUGGCUUGGCAUACCUGAAAGGUAAAGAGUUUUUCUUUUUGGAUGAUGAUACCAAGCUCUACAAAGUGGCUCCAGAAGGCUGGAAUGACCAACCCAAGAAGAAAACCUCCAUCAUUAACUUCACCCUCUUUUUAAGGAUAAAAUUCUUUGUCAACCACUUUAAUAUCAUCCAGCACGGCUUGACAAGACAUCAGUUUUACCUGCAGCUUCGUAAAGAUAUUUUGGAGGAGCGAUUAUACUGCAGUGAUGAGACUGCCCUGAAACUCGGCGCAUUGGCCUUACAGGCAGAGCUUGGCAAUUAUGCUUCUGAGGUACAUGGAAAGAGCUAUUUUCGUGUUGAAGACUACAUUCCAGCAAGCCGAAUAGAGAAAAUGACCCUGGCCUAUGUACAGCGAGAGCUUGCUAAACUACACCGUAUGAAUCACUCUCUAUUUGAGGAUGAAGCUGAACUAGAAUUUUUGAAGGUGACUCAGCAGCUUCCUGAAUAUGGAGUGCUAUUCUAUCGUGUGUCCCAAGAGAAGAAAGGAGCAGGAGGGGAUAUCAUCCUGGGAAUCUGUGCCAAAGGCAUCAUUGUAUAUGAGGUCAAAAAUCACACAAGAAUUGCCAGUUUAAGAUUCCAGUGGCGUGAAACAGAAAGAAUUUCAGCUCAUCGAAAAAAAUUCAUGAUUGAAAGUAGCUUCAGUGGCAAGAAACACACAUUCAUUACUGAUACAGCAAAGACAUGUAAAUAUCUACUGGACCUCUGCUCAGCCCAACACAAAUUCAAUGCACAGAUGAACUCGAGGCAACUUCAUCAAACUUCAUCAGAUGAAAGUAAAUUUAUGGAAAUAGACAAAUCAAACUCUGCAUAUGCAGCUCAGCAUGAACACCUUGCCCUGAUUCAGAGACUGUCUCGUUCAGAGAAUGUGCUGUAUGGGGCAAACCUGGAAAACCUUUCUGCUGGGAUGAUGAGCAAGUCUUGUGAUAACCUCAGUGUGGAAACCGGCAACAGGACUAGAGACAAAAGCAAUCUUGCCAGAUCCACAUCAGGGCUAUCUCAGUCAGAAAUGCACAUCAAUUUGAAUGGAAAGCAAAGGAGUUAUGACUACCUUUCUAUCCACUCAACUCAGAACACAGUCAGUGCACCUGGAUCACCAGCCAUCCAAAAAGAAGUUUUACUAAGCGGUCUAGAGAGAGAAAUCAUUUGUGUUGGCCUAAAACGUGACCCUAAGAAUGGCUUUGGUUUUGUAAUUAUUGGAGGAGAAAAUGUAGGAAAAUUAGACCUCGGUAUCUUUAUCGCUUCAAUUAUCCCUGGGGGACCUGCAGACAGAGCUGGAAAUAUCAAACCAGGGGGACGACUCAUUUCUGUGAAUAAUAUUAGUCUCGAAGGUGUUUCGUUCAAUACUGCAGUUAAAAUUAUACAGAAUUCUCCUGAUGAAGUGGAGCUGAUCAUCUCUCAACCCAAAGACAUAUACGAAGAAGGAUUAAAUGAAGAAAAGAGUCUAUCAAGGGGAAACAGCACUAGUGGAUCUGAAAUCUCUUGUGUAGACAGUGGCAGAAAAAAGAUUCAAGAUUGUCAUACAGCUCUCCCCAAAGAAAAGGACCCAAAUAUAGACGAACUUGAGAAGGCUCUUUCCUGGAGUUUAGCACCAAAAUUGGGCCCCAGGAUUCCAGUUCUUUCAUCUGAUAGUCCGGAUGUGGAGGAAGCUGAUUCUUCACACUUACCACAUCCAGCUGAAACCGUCUCCAAUGAAAUCUAUACCGUGGAGCUUGUUAAAGAAGAUGGGACUUUUGGAAUCAGUGUGACUGGUGGAAUUAACACUAGUGUGCCUCUUGGUGGGAUAUAUGUGAAGUCAAUCAUUCCCAGGGGACCAGCAGAUAAAGACGGACAAAUAAAGAUAGGUGAUCGUCUGCUGGAAGUAGAUGGAAUCAGCCUCUGUGGCCUCACUCACAAGCAGGCUGUGGAAAACCUUAAGAAAUCUGGCCAGAUUGCCAAGCUGGUUCUAGAAAGGGGACACCACCCACCGGAAGAGCAAUGCCUGAGUGCUAAUGACAGAAAGGAAGACCAAUGUGCAGUUGUUUCUGUAGCAACAUCCUUCACAGAUGGUACCAAGGACUACUGCUUUGUGACAGAUGACAAUAUAUUUGAAGUCAAAUUGACAAAGAAUUCUGGAGGCCUUGGCUUUAGUGUUCUGCAAAUGGAAGGAGAUGGUUGUGAACACCUCGGAAGAGCUAUUGUCAGGAUCAAAAGACUGUUUCCAGGGCAGCCAGCUGAAGCGAAUGGAGAAAUUGAAGUUGGAGACAUCAUUUUAGCUGUGAAUGGGACACCUACUCAAGGACUCUUGUAUCAGGAUGUCCUGCACUUGUUGAGAGGAGCUCCACCAGAAGUCACCCUACUUCUCUGCAGACCACCAAAAGGUGUUCUUCCAGAAAUAGAGCAGAGUGUCCUGACUCCAGCACCAUCUCCAGUUAAGGAGUUUCUGGCAGAGAUGCCAGGCAGUCCAGAGGUAGGAAAUAGUUCGGACCAGUCUACCAGUGAUGGAGGUAGCACCUCUCCAGACCUUGAAGAUUGUUUGGAUUCUCCAGUGGUAGCAGAUUUCAGUGAGCCUCCAGAACAAGACAGCUCAACUUACGAAGAGCAAGAAGCAGAGUCUCAAGAUACACCUCCUAGGGAAAGUUCCUAUAAGGACCUUUGGAAAUUUCAUCAAGAAGCUGCCAGUUCUGAAGUGUUCCACUCCCUGGAGGAAGAAGUGAAGCAGAACUGCUACUCACCAUGUGAACUUGGAUGUGCUGAAAGCCCUGUAUUUAAUAAGGGUGAUGAUGACGUGUCAAACAGAAACUGUAUGCCUGAAAUUCUCUCUCUAACCCCUAUUGAUGAAGAGCAUCUCGCCAUCAGCUCAACAUCUGUGACCUCACUUUCACGUGGAGGAAGCUCUGAGACAUUCUCCACAGCCUUGGUGACACCACAGCCACGUGUUUGUGGCCCUUUCUCCUCAUCCCUGCCUGCUAGAGAGACACAUGGCAGUGACAAUGAAUGGGAAGACGUGGAGGAACCCGAGGAAGAGAAGGACAAAAAGGAGGAUUGCACUAGGGAAAUGGAGGUCUUUGUGACUUUGACAAGGUCAGAGAACAAUGGUUACGGAUUCUCAGUGGUUCUUAACAAAGUGGACAACUGUCUGUAUGUUGAUGAAAUCUUGCAUGAGCCUGCCCUGUCUGAUGGAAGGCUGAGAAGGGGAGACAGAAUCAUUAUGGUGAAUGGAAUCGAUGUCACAUCUUUACCAUGCAAUGAAGCUCUGACUUUACUGCACAACUCUCCUCCUGACCUGCACCUUGUGGUUGGCCGUGCUGGCAGCGAUCCAUGUCCUGCUGUUAGGCCAGAUGACAUUCCUGAAAUUACUCUCACAAAAGGUGCCAAUGGACAGCUAGGCUUGAAGCUGACAGGAGGAGCUGGAAGCAAGUUACAAGGUAUUUAUGUGCUAGAGAUAGUGCCUGGCUCCCCUGCCAGUGUGGAAGGCAGUCUGCAGCCACGAGAUCAGAUUCUGUACAUCUGUGGGCUGUGGACUGAGGGCAUCAGCCUGGAUGAUGCGGUGAGAGUGUGUGAAGCUGCCACCCAGAAUGUCCAAAUCAAAGCAACAAGAAAUGGCAAUCCAGUGGUUCCUAUAGAGCAAGAAAAUAGGCCACCUGCUGAGACAGAAAAAGCCAGUAUUUCUCUCUCAAAUGAAAACCUGAACUCCCAAGAACAGCAACUACCACAUCAACACGAGAAACAUCUGAAGGAAACAAACUGUGGUACUCAGCAAAGCACUCCCGAGCCUCCAGAAUGCAAGGACUUCAUUAUUAAGAUUGAAUUGGAAAAAGCAGAAAAUGGAAGCCUAGGAUUUGCACUGGUAGGCGGUAGAAACGGCAGGGCUAUCCUAAUAAAGGCCAUCAGCCCAGACAGCAUUGCAGAUCUGGAUGGGAGGCUUCAAGUUGGUGACAUCUUACUUAAGGUGAAUGACACUUCAGUGUCUGGUCUACCACGCCAAACAGUUAUAGAUUUGCUGCGCAAGGCUCGAGGCACUGUUCAACUCACCGUUUGCCGAAGCGUGGCUUCACAUGCGGCUUAUUCAGGCAACCAGAGCAACAACGUACCUUCCCCUCCAAACACAAAAGCAGAGCCCAAUGACUACAGUUCUGAGAGAAGCCUAGGAGCACAGCCUGUUUUCACUUCCAAGGAAGAAGAAUCCAGCCAGAUGUGCAGCAAGGGUCCAGAAAGCACGCGUGGUUUCCCUCUGCAAGGUCAAUUGGAUGGACAAGACUAUCAGGGUGUCCUCAGUAACACUUCAGACAGAUCACAGAAAUAUGCAGGAUGUGAAGGUUGCAGAACACAGAGGCAGCAGUCUGAGUCAGACAGCUGGAACAAUGAAGAAGAUGAUAUGCCCCACAGGACUUCCAUCCUACCUAGAAGCAGAGCCUUUGUUUCUGAAGAUGAACUGAUUCACUUAAUUAAUUUUAAACCAUCACUGACUGGAGUAUGUCCAAGGACUGGCGUUAGAGGUCUUAUUCGAAGCCUUCAGUCACGGAUUGAGAAUCAAGAGGUCUCGAAAGAGUUUAUGGCUUUAGAACAUGUGAAACCAACAGAUGACUGCAGAACUGGCAAAGCACAAGAGAACAGGGAUAAAAACAGACAUCAAGAUAUUCUUCCAUAUGAUAAGACGCGAGUUCCUUUGGGAGAAAACAAUGGCUACAUUAAUGCAAGUUAUAUUAGAAUGAAAGUUGGAGAAGAGGAACAUUUCUAUAUUAUAACCCAAGGGCCUUUGCCUUCCACCAUGGCGGAUUUCUGGCAGAUGGUUUGGGAGAAUGAGUCAGAUGUGAUUGCCAUGAUGACGAAAGAAGUGGAGCUAGGAAAAGUGAAAUGUCAUCGAUACUGGCCUGAACCUCCACAUGACUCCAUAGACUUGGCUAACUUCCAUCUUAGGCUAGACAGUUACCAGAUUCUGGAAUACUUCAUAGUUAGAAUAAUAGAAAUGAUCAACAAGCAGACAGAAGAAAAGCGAAUUAUAAGGCAUUUGCAGUUUACCACUUGGCCAGACCACAGUACUCCCAAACUGGCUGAGCAGCUUGUAAAAUUUAUCUGCUACAUGAGAAAAACUCACAGGACAGGACCUAUUGUUGCUCACUGUAGUACUGGGAUUGGAAGAAGUGGAGUUUUGCUGUGUGUUGAAAUUCUGCUGAGCUAUAUAGAAAAAGAUCUAUGUUUCAACAUUAAGCACAUAGUGAGAGAUUUGAGAGACCAGCGUUUUGGCAUGAUCCAAACUAAGGAUCAGUAUCUAUUCUGUUAUGAAUUUGUUUUGGAAGUCCUUCAGAAACUUCAAGCAACGGAUUCCUACUGACUGCAACAUGUCUCUUCGCUGUUGUUAUCCCCCUUGGACCUCAGGGGCCACUCAGCAAUUGCUUUAAAGGGAUGUCAAGCCAGCACAGACAAGUGUUAUACAACAUGCUCUGUCAGAUGGUUCAGAUUUCUAAGAAAUUUUAAAAUCUUGCUUAACAUCCCCUUGGUAAGUCAUUUAAAUCUCGGCGUACAGUUUGGAGAAACAGCAAGCCACAAGUGCAACACUGCUGUUAAAUUGUCAUGGACGCUGUGUGUGUUCUGUUGAAUAAUAUAUUAAUUAUUAGGACGAUAUUUUUGUACUGUGACAACAGGGUAGCAGCAGUUGUAAGUAGCUUUACUAUUUAGAGGCCAACUAAAGAGAUCUAAGACUCUGCUGGUGUUGCUGGAAGAUUAGUUGUCCCUUACAUACAGUUGUGCACUCUUGGCUUCUGGACAGCAAAUCAGUAUUUUUUGUAAUCGUGUUUUUGUGUGGAAGGACGCAGUUUGGUUACCUGUGGUUGCUUGAACAAUGUGGAACCGUUUCCAGUCAUCACUCCAGCACAGAAAUUUAUACCACCAUCACUGGACAUCUUAAAUCAAGAAACUGACAGAAAAAUAGGAUGCCUUUAGCCCUUAGCUAUUUGUCUUUAAAGCAACAAGAGAGUUCUAAUAACUGGAUGGGAUAUUAAUAUUUUCCAGCAAUAUGAGCAGCUGUAGAUAAGGUCAGUAUUCUUCUAUUCCACACCCAUGUAAAAAAAGGAAUGUAAUACAAAACAUAAUGAAAUGACUGUGUGUGUCUUGUGGCACACAUACAUUUCAUCUUCCAUUGAACCUUUGCAUUGAUUACCUUGUAAUUCGCACCUAGGAACUGAUCAAAUCUAUGGGAAGUCCCAUUGGUUUCUUUAAAUUAAAUAACUCUCUGUACAGAUUAUUCCUCUUGUAAAAAGUGUUUUUGUUAGUGUGAGUUUGGAUUUGAGCAGAAAUCUACUGUUCAUGUUUGUAAAAUAUAGCUGUUUUCUAUGUGAGUGCUUCUAAUUCCUUUAUCUAGAAGGUGGUGUAUAUGGAAGCAGAAUUUUUAGAUGUGCAUUGGGAGAGUAACUUUAAAACACAGGAAAUUAUAACUGCACUUAUUUAACUGAAUUGUACAUAUUUUAAAACUUCCUUGAUUUCAGGAAAUAUUAAGAAGCAUUUGAUUAUAAAAUUGCAGUAGAAACAAUAAAAUAGCUGCUUAUUUUCAUUAUGGAUGAGAGAUUUAUGUUCAGAAAGAAUGAGGAAUUAAACAAAUUAAAAGUAUGGCUUUUGGAAAAAGCCAUUGUAGCACAAUUAUAAUAAAGGCCCAGAGCCAUGUUUUGCUUUCUGCCCUCAUAUAGUCUGUUGGAAGUGAGGAAAAGAUAUAAAUGGGAUUUAUGAUGUGAGCCAGAUGCUAAUUUCAAACAUACUGAUAGAGAUCCAGAGUAACUUUAAAUCAGUGGAAUAAACCUGGACCUACGUCAGCAUAAAUAUAAGCAGAAUUUAAUGUUUUGUCUUAAAUUAACUGAACUUGAGCCUUCUAAGAAGCAUUACUCUCCACACAUUCUGAAUACACUAUAUUUAUGUUGCAUAUAGAGGAUUAUUUGCACAAUUUUGUCCAGCAUCUUCAGCCAAAUUUUUAUUCAUAAUGUUGUUACCUCCAUUUGCUAUUUGGCCUUUCAUUUUGGUUUUGAUUGCUGUACAUGUACUUCUGUGCAAGAUAACACUGCACACAAAUGCACAAUUCACUUUUUGUACCACAGCAACUUUAAAAAGCUUCUCAGUAAGAAUGUUUCUGUACUUCUUGCAAAGGUGUCUUUUCUGUAGUUUAGAACAAUUCUGGAUUUAGAAGACAAUCUUUAUGGCACUCUUUGUUACUCCACAUUUGUGCAUCAUCUUUGCAGCUGUGACAGAAGUGUUUCCUGUUUUACAGGGAUAUUAAAAAGAUUUCUGAAAACAC